UGACUGCUAAGGAUUUUGCUCUACGUAUUUAAUAUGUCUUUGUAUUGUAGUUUUUAUCAGGAAAAAUAAUUAUUAUGCUAGAUUCUGAUCCGCGCGGUUGCGCUGGAUUAUUUAUAAUUUGUGUUUUUAGAUUACAAUUUUAUGAUUUAAUGAUAUUUUAUAAACUUUGUUUGGAUUUCAGUUUAAAAAAUAUACGAACUGUUAUGUUAUUUAUGAAUUUGGCUUUGGUUUGGGUUAGUUGUUUUAGUUUUUGGUUUGGUUCAAAUAACAGUGUUAAGAACAUGAUAAAAUUUAAAGUUCAGUUUGAGCGUCUCUGAAUAAGGAUAUGUAAUUUUGGAUUCGAUUAUGAUUUAGAUAGCUAUAUUUCAGUUACAUCUUUUGUUUUUAUUUUAUUUUGUUUUAUUGAAUAUUUUUAUAUUUUAAAUAUGUUUAGAAAAUCGGUAUACUUCAAGAUUAUAUACCAAGUCAGAAUAUAUAUAUAUAUAUAUUAAUUUUGUACCUCUAUCUUUUAAAGGUAAUAUGUAUAUUCUAUGGUUGUGAUCAAAAUAAACCCAUAUCAUUUUGAAACAUCAAAUAUUUUUAGUCUAAAUAAGGAUUAAGUAGCUAUAUUUUUGGUAAAUAAAUUACUAUAUAUUGGUGGUUGUUGAAACUAAUUAUUUAUAUUUUAAUAUGUUUAAGGGACUAAUCAUCAAAACUGGAAAUCUAAUAUACUCUGUCCUCUUCGACAUCUCACUCUGCGACGUCGAGAAGACAAUCACAGGUAAUUUCCAAAAAAAAAUUUCUGUUUGAUAAAGUUUGUUUGAUUGAAUUUGUUUGAUUUCUUAAGUUAUAUUAUGUUUGUAUGAUGAUUAGAAGUUAAAUUAAGUGAGAUUCGAUGGUAAAGAAGUUAAAGUUAGUGUUAGAGAGAUUCAGUUUCGAUGUUAAACAAGUUAAAGCGUGGAAGAUUGAGUUUCAUGUUUUGAUAAUCAUCAUGUUUUGAUAAUCAUCAUAUUGAUUUACUUGUGAUAUUGAUGAGCAGAGAAGUUAAUAUGAUACUUUUUUUCCUUGCUUUGGUUCAUCAUCACAAGUUUGUUUUUGUAAUCACUUUUUUGGUUUCUGAUGAGCAGAUGGGUUCAUCAUCACCUCCCAUUUAAAAAAAUGUUAACCGAGGGUCAUAUGAAGAUGAAGAUGAGUUCAUGACUCCUGAUAGUGAUCAAAGAGGCAAAAGGAAACAGAGUGGUUCAGCUGAAGACUACAAUGAAUCAAAUAGAGGGAAACGUGUACUCCCCACAAGGUCUGAUGUCUGGAGUCAUUUCAAAAGGCUAGAAGACAACAGAGACAAAUGCAUGUGCAUCUAUUGUCUGAAACAUUUCACAUGUCCAACAAAGUCUGGAACAACAAACUUGCGCAAUCAUCUCCAGAGCUGUAAGCAGUACAAGGCAUGGCAAGAUGGUCAAGAUCAUGGUAAAAGCCAGCAUGGAUUAAAUAAAGAAGGUGGUCUGAAGAGUUUCAAAGUUCCAGAGACUGUUUUUAGGGAAGCAACAAACGAAAUGAUUGUAAUUUCAGAGUUGCCACUCUCUUUUACAGAGAGUGUAGGAUGGAAACACUUUUGUGAUAAGGUGAAUUUGUAUGACCCCCAAUCAAGAAAGACAGUGUCAAGGAAAAUUGUGGAGAUGUAUACUAAGAGAAAGUAAGCUCUUAAAAAAUGGUUUCAAUCUAACAAGCAAAGAGUAUCACUGACCACAGACAUAU